ACCACGGAGCUUUCUGGGUAAAGAUGGAUGCUCACGAUCUGUUUCGCCGGCUCGGCGCGGGUGCCAAAUUCGACUUGAGACGCUUCUCGGCGGACGCAGCUCGAUUCCAGAUAGGAAAAAGGAAAUAUGACCUUGAUUCCUCGGAGGUGCUACAGGGACUGGACUUUUUUGGAAACAAAAAAUCUGUCCCAGGUGAUUGUGGAGCAUUAAGAACUCAUCAGGAGCUACAAGAUGAAGAGAAAAAAGAAGAGAGCCAAAUUGAAAGCAAGAGGGAGCAGAACAGGAAAAAGAAGAAGAAGAUGACUUCAGAAAUUACUUCUCAAGAAGAAGUUUCUACUAUACAGUGGAUAUCAUCUGUGGAAGCAAAGAUUGAAGAUAAAAACGUUAAAAGAGAAAAUAAACUAACCUCAGGAAAGUUAGAGCAGCUAAGAAAAGAAAAGCUCAACUUCUUCCGGAAUAAACAUAAAAUUUAUGUCCAAGGAACUGAUCUUCCUGACCCAAUUGCUACAUUUCAGCAACUUGACCAGGAAUAUAAAAUCAAUUCUCGACUGCUUCAGAACAUUCUAGAUGCAGGCUUCCAGAUCCCUACACCAAUCCAAAUGCAAGCCAUUCCAGUUAUGCUGCAUGGUCGAGAACUGCUGGCUUCUGCUCCUACUGGAUCUGGAAAGACUUUGGCUUUUAGCAUUCCUAUUUUAAUGCACCUGAAACAACCCACAAAUAAAGGCUUCAGAGCCCUGGUUGUAUCACCAACGCGAGAACUUGCCAGCCAGAUUCACCGAGAGUUAGUAAAACUGUCCGAGGGAACAGGAUUCAGGAUACACAUGAUCCACAAAGCAGCAGUUGCAGCCAAGAAAUUUGGACCUAAAUCAUCUAAGAAAUUUGAUAUUCUUGUGACUACUCCAAAUCGAUUAAUCUAUUUAUUAAAACAAGAUCCUCCAGGAAUAGACUUAACAAGUGUUGAAUGGCUGGUAGUAGAUGAAUCAGAUAAACUGUUUGAAGAUGGCAAAACUGGGUUCAGAGACCAGCUGGCUUCCAUUUUCUUGGCGUGUACCUCCCACAAGGUGAAGAGAGCUAUGUUCAGUGCAACUUUUGCCUAUGAUGUUGAGCAGUGGUGCAAACUGAACUUGGACAACAUCAUUACUGUAUCCAUUGGAGCAAGGAAUUCUGCAGUAGAGACGGUAGAACAAGAGCUUCUCUUUGUUGGUUCAGAGACUGGAAAACUACUGGCCAUGAGAGAACUUGUUAAAAAGGGUUUCAAUCCACCUGUUCUUGUUUUUGUUCAGUCCAUUGAAAGGGCUAAAGAACUUUUUCAUGAGCUCAUAUAUGAAGGUAUUAAUGUGGAUGUUAUUCAUGCAGACAGAACACAGCAACAGAGAGAUAACACAGUCCACAGCUUCAGAGCAGGAAAAAUCUGGGUUCUUAUUUGUACAGCCUUGCUGGCCAGAGGGAUUGAUUUUAAAGGUGUGAACUUGGUUAUCAACUAUGACUUUCCAACCAGCUCAGUGGAAUAUAUUCACAGGAUAGGUCGAACUGGGAGAGCUGGGCGUAAAGGAAAAGCUGUUACAUUUUUCACUGAAGAUGAUAAACCAUUAUUAAGAAGUGUUGCCAGUGUUAUUCAGCAAGCUGGAUGCCCUGUCCCAGAAUACAUAAAAGGUUUCCAGAAACUACUAAGUAAACAAAAGAAAAAGAUGAUUAAGAAGCCCUUGGAAAGGGAGAGCAUUAGUACAACUCCAAAAUAUUUUUUAGAAAAAGCUAAGGAUAAACGGAAAAAGGUCACUGGUCAGAACAGCAAGAAGAAAGAAGCUCCUGAGGACAAAAGUUAAAAACAGACUUUUAAAAGAACUAUAUCACAAAUGUGAUUUUAUAAUUUCAGCAUGAAUUUUUUUCAUGGAAUAUAUCGUCUUAUAAUCACCCGUACCAAACAUUUGAAGUCAACCACAAGAACGUGGGACUAAUGAAAAAUGAUCCUAAAUUCUCAAUGUAUCAUGUCAAGUUUUAAUUCAUAGGUGAUUUUUAAAUGAUUAUACAAUGGAAAAAACAUUCAUUGACAUCUGUGUGGUUUGAAUCCUGAAUGAUACUUCUUAUAGAAGAACCAAAGCUUAUACUAAAAGUAACAACACCCAAAUGUGGUGAGCUGGAUUUUUCCCUUCAAGUAUGAAGGAAGGUGUUGCAUAUGCUGUGGAGAGGCAUUUGGAACCACAUUGCAAAGUAAAGUCUUGAGAUUGAAUUCCCCUUCCUACCCACUCUUUUUGGGGUGUGGUGGGAGGGAAAUGGACAAGAGGCAACACAAGCUGUCUACCAAGAAUAAACCUACUCAUCUCUCUAUUUCGCUGUUU